UCAACUCAAAAUUAAUUAUUUGUAAUGGAUAUGAACUCACAGACAUCGAUAUAGAUUAUACUGCACAUCGAUACAUCUGAUAACACUGAUAACAACAGGGCAAGUUACCACAAGUUGUCACAGGAGCAUCAGUUUAGAUAAAACUCUGCUAAAGGGGUUGGUGCAGUGCUUUUAAACGUUUUGUGAUAACAAUUAAUCAUGCCAACUCCAGUCAAGAAACCAUCACUUCCUCUCUGCAAAGGUGUCCACUCUCAGAAUGUGGUGAAAUAUCAACCCUCGACUCCUGUCAGACCUAAACCAACCUCAAAAAUUAACAAAUGUCCACCUAAAUCAACACCUACAAGUAGUCUGCUCAGCCCAAAAUAUAAACAAGCGCUUGUAUCAACACCUAAAAAGGUUGUCAAGUCACCUAAAUCUCCCAAGGCAUUGUCACCACUGGAAGCAGUUGUUCCAAAGAAUAAAAUAGGUGUUGUUCACAAGGGAGGAAUAAUUAUACAUAGAGAUGGUAAUAGAAUACCAAACCUAAGAAAAUCAGUACUACCCAAAAAACUGUAACGUAUUGUUGAACAUCCUCAAUAACAUAAGAGAUUCAGGAGAAGUUCUGGCAAGUUCUUGGAACAUAUGGACUACUGAAGUACCAAGCUCAGAAAAAUGUCCUGACAAUCUUCGGUAUUAUUAACUAACAGCGAUAGUUCAAGCAGUGGCGUCCUGAAUUUCAAUUAUCAAACAUUUAAAAUAAUUAAUAUGCAUUUUAUACUUGGAUUUAAAACAAACUUACAGUACGUUUAUGCAAUUAUUUCUACAUUGUAGCUCAAAUGUUGAUUCAGAUAUUCUAGCCCAAGGCAUGUUCUAAUAUUCAAUAUUGUUGUUUUUGUUUCACAAUAAGUUAAUUUGUAUUUAGAGAAUAAUCUUAUAAUCGUUUAUUGUGGUGUGUUUAUAGACAAUUUUAAUUAUCUGAUUAUUGCUGUAAUAGUGUGUAGCUUUAAUUAGUGUUUGCUAUUUUUUAUGUCUGUGACUUGUGUUAAAAUACUGUCCAACAGA